AUGUCUUGGUUUACUUGCCAUGUUCACAGGCAUGUGCCUUUUCUCUUGUGGGCCUUCCUCUUUGGAGUGAGCAGUUCCAGUCCAUUCCCAAGCAACCUUUUUGGGGAGAUCAGAUCUCCUGGUUAUCCCAAACCAUAUCCCAACAAUAACAUCAGCAUUUGGAAUAUUCAUGUCCCAAAAGGCUAUGUGGUGAAGCUGACUUUCAGAUAUUUUGACCUGGAGCCAUCUGAGUCCUGCUUCCAUGACUAUGUCAAGAUCAAAGCAGACAAGAAGAACUUGGGCCAAUACUGUGGCCAGCUUGAGUCAACCACAGGCAAUCACCCAGGAAGAAAGGACUUUGUUUCUGAGGGGAACAGGAUGCAGCUGGAGUUUUACUCUGAUUUCUCCAACAAAGACAACAGCACAGUGAUUCCCUACAGGGGCUUCCUGGCCUAUUACCAAGCUGUGGACCUUGAUGAAUGUGACCCUAACAAUGCUGCUGAGCACGAUGAAAGGCCUCAGUGCCAGCACUUCUGCCACAACUAUGUGGGUGGCUACUUUUGUUCUUGCCAGCCUGGCUACCAGCUUCAGAGCGAUCACCAUUCCUGCAAAGUACAGUGCAGCAGUGAGUUGUUCACAGAGGCGUCUGGGUACCUGAGCAGCCCUGAGUACCCCCAGCCCUACCCUGAACAUCUCCGAUGUAACUACAGCAUCCGUCUGCAGAAGGGCCUGUCUGUCAUCCUCAGGUUCUUGGAGCCCUUUGAGAUUGAUGACCACCAGCAGGUCCACUGUUCUUAUGACCAGCUGAAGGUUCAAGCACAAGGGAGAGAGAUUGGUGAAUUCUGUGGCAAGGAGUCACCUGGCAGCAUUGAAACCAAAAGCAAUGAGGUGGACAUACUCUUCCUCACUGAUGAGUCAGGCUUCAGCCGUGGCUGGAAGAUCCACUACACCUCAGAGAAAGUAAGGUGUCCACAGCCUAUCCCACGGGAUCCGUUUUCCAUCAUCAGAGACCUGCAGCCUGUCUAUCAGUUUCAGGACUAUUUCACAGUCAGCUGCAAGACUGGGUAUACCCUGAUGGAGGGCGACCGAAAGCUGAAGUCCUUCACAGCUGUCUGCCAGGCUGAUGGGACGUGGCAUCAACCCAUGCCCCACUGUGAAAUUGUGGACUGUGGCAACCCUGCAGAGCUGCCCAAUGGGGCAUUCAGCUACGUUAACACACCUGCAAACAAUGAGUACCAGUCAGUGAUCACCUACCAGUGCAAUGAGCCAUAUUAUCACAUUGUUACCAGGACAGGUGGUGAGAGAUUCACCUGCUCCUCAGAGGGAACCUGGGUGGAUGGAGAUGGCCAGGUGAGGAUUCCUGCCUGCUUGCCAGUGUGUGGGAAGCCAGACAACCCUGUGACUGAAAUGGGGCAGGCCUUGGGCAGCAGGUCCGCAAGGAGAGGCAGCUUCCCUUGGCAGGCUCUGACUGGCAUCCAUGGCCGAGGGGGUGGCGCGCUCCUGGCUGAUCGCUGGAUCCUGACUGCUGCCCAUACCAUCUUCCCCAAGGGGGCAGGGGGCCACAACGUGAGCCUGGACCAGCUAGCAGAGGAGACUAAUGUUUUCCUUGGCCACACCAAGGUAGAGGAGCUCCACAAGUUGGGUAACCACCCUGUACAUAGGAUCUUUAUCCAUCCAGAUUACGACCCUGAAGAUGAGUACAGCUUCAAUGGGGACAUUGCCCUGCUGGAGCUGAAGCACCCAGUAACCCUAGGCCCUACAGUGCUGCCCAUCUGCCUCCCAGAUCCCACCAACACCACAUUCUACCUGGAUGGACACAUAGGCUAUGUGAGUGGCUUCGGUGUGGAAAAAAACUUCAUCUCCAACGAUUUGAAGUACAUGAGGCUGCCCGCAGUCGCUCGGGAGAAGUGUCAGGGCUGGCUGGACAGUAAGAAGAGAGAUGUACCCAUGGUCUUCUCUGAGAACAUGUUCUGUGCUGGUUUCCUCACAGUCAAGCAGGACACGUGCCAGGGGGAUAGUGGCAGCGUCUUCACGGUGUUAGACACUGCGAGGGGUCACUGGGUGGCCACUGGUAUUGUUUCUUGGGGUAUUGGCUGUGCUGAAGGUUACGGCUUCUACACCAAGAUCCUCAGCUACUUGGACUGGAUAAAGGGGCUAGUAGGGCAGGACAGGCUCUAA